UUGCAACACUGACAAUUUAACUACAAGGAGUGGCAACACUGGUGACGUUUGGCGUGUUUUCGUUUGAUUGCGAUUUUAUUAUUUACUAAAGUUUGGCCUGAUUUUGAGGAUGGUAUUCCAGUUGCCCACGACCACAGCCGCUCCGAUAGGAGGGGCCACCUCGUUUUCCUUCGGCCUGAGCGGGGGAACACCCGCUCCAGCCGCAGCACCCGGAGCACCAGCAGCCGUUCCCGCCACAAAGCCCACAUUCUCAUUCGGAGGACCGGCCACAACUGCUCCCAAUGCGGGCGGAGGAGAUGCGGACAGUGCCAAGACACAGGCUCCGCCGGCAUUCAGUGGCUUUGGCUUGGCGACAUCUACUCCAGCGCCCCUCACGCUGGGCGGACAACCCGCCAACCCGGUGUCCACUUCUGCGCCGGCAAUUGGAACUUCGGCUGCUCCUCCCACCUUCGGAGGCUUCAUGGCCCAGCCAACGGCAGCAGUGGUGCCAAAUAUAGCCACCAGUACACCGAACACCGCUGCCACCGGCACGGGAUUACUGGGGGGAACCGGAUUGGGAGCUCCCAAGAGCACUGCACCCGCUUUACCCACGUUGACAACGGCUCCAGCGGCCAUAGCUCCUCAAUUGGGAGCUGCAGCGGCACCAACUCUUAGCACCGGCGGAGCUUUUGCCAAUCUAACCACCGAAACCAAGACCACGGACUCCUCGGCCGUCUCCACGGCCUCCCAACUGUCGUACAACCAACUGGAGGAGCACAUCAACAAGUGGACCCUGGAGUUUGAGGAGCAGGAGAAGGUGUUCACCGAACAGGCCACUCAGAUCAAUGCCUGGGACAAGCUGCUCAUAAGCAACAACCAGAAGAUCGUCGAGCUAAACGAUGCCGUGAAGAAGGUGAAGACUGAUCAACAGGUUCUCGACCAGGAGCUGGAGUUCAUAGCCACGCAGCAAAAGGAGCUGGAGGACAGCCUGGCGCCGCUGGAGAAGGAGUUCGUGAAUCUUCCGCGGGUGGACAUGGAGCGCAGUCAGACCUACUUGAUGGUGGAGAACCUGGACACGCAGCUGAAGCAGAUGUCCGAGGACCUCAAGGAGAUCAUCGACAACCUGAACGAGGCCAACAAGGGCCAGGACACCACCGAUCCGAUCAUCCAGAUCGGCAAGAUCCUUAACGCCCACAUGAGCUCGCUGCAAUGGAUCGAGUCGCAGUCGUCGAAUAUCUGCAAGAAGCUGGACGACAUUGGCAAGAUCCAGGACUCCCAGAAGCGGGACAUCUUCCGAGCUCCCUUCUAAAGUUUAAUGUCUUAAAGCCUGUUAACUUGUAGCCUAAAUAAAAGAUUUCUUGUAACUAUAAAAAAA